CUCGGUCGCCCGAACAAUGUAACCGCUCCGGGAGCGAGGAGCCUGCAGAUGUUCCUGGUUCUAUCACCUUUCAUAAUGCUUUGCAGUCUCAUGGUCCGCCUGAUCGCAUUGCCUAUGCAUCCCCCACAAUCCCAUGUCCCCUGGCGGAUGCGAUCAUGCAUCCUACUCCCGUGGAUGGGGACGAUGGCUUGACUAUUCUAUUCGGGGCUGCUAUGCGAGAUGGUCGGACUUCACGUGAGAACACCAGCCGGAGUCAACCUCAUGGCCUUCUCCCAUCCAAUAUCCAAACAUCAAAUCCAUCUCCCGGCUCCGCUUCUCCAGCGACAGAGGAAUCUUAAUGAGAUCGCCUGACCAUUCGACGAAACUGAAGAUCUCUACCGCCUCAAAUGACGACCUCAAUUUGAGGAACUCCUGUCGCUUUGUACGCAUGGGCUGGUUGGCUGCAUACGAGGCCAUCACACUUAUCGAUGCAUUUUUCACGAAUAUGUGCCCGUUAACAGCGGUGUUUACCCCUUAUUAUGCAGAUCACGCCAACCAUCGUCGACUUCUCUCCCAAGAUCCUUUCCUCUGCACAGUGAUACUGAUGCUCUCGGCUCGCUACCAUAUCCUUCCAGGUCCAUGCGCUUGGGGAAGAACUUUGGCAAUCCACAAUAGGCUUUGGCACCAUUGUGAGAACCUGCUGUUGAGGCUCAUUCUGGGCCAGUACAAAGACAAAGAAUGCAACCUGCGAAGCUUAGGUACUCUUGAAGGAUUACUUUUGUUGACAGAAUGGCACUCCAGAUCGUUGCACCAUGCGCCAGACAUGGAAGGCUGGGACGCCGGUCUGAUUGUAGAACCCACCCCUUACGUUGACUUCGCGAAGCUUGGUUACGACAUAAUCGAUAGUCAGAGAUGGCAAAGCUAUUAGACCGGCAGACGAGGGCUUGGAUAGAACUCAACAGACUGUCUGCAACGAUUACAGAGGUUCUCUAUCUUUCCCCUGCUGCGGCUCAGAAUCUAGCUAGCAACAGGCACUACAGUGGACUGCUAGACCACUUCAAUUUGAUGUUCGAUCAGUGGCACGACAAGAUAUUCCAAGAUGGAGGUACGUGGGAAUUCAGUGACCUUUUCAGAAUGAAUUUGCCAGUCUCGCAUUUAACGUGUAUGGCGGAUGUGACCACUCGAUUUUCAGAUCUUCUCGUGAUAGAGUACUACCGGAUCCGAGUUCAUACCAACGCCCUCGGCAUACGGGCCCCUAUUGAGAGACUAACAGCCAACAAGCGGCAUGGCGCCGAUCAUCCUAUCUUACAACAGCCACUCCUGAGGGGCAGAGAAAGUGUCUAUAUCCAAGAGGUAAUGGUUGGGGCCUGCGCCAUGCUUUCCAAGGUCACAGAGCUGGCCGACCUGGGCGUACUAAGAUUUUGCCCUGUCCGGACAUUCUUAUGCGUGGUUAGUACUUCUAUGCUUCUCCUUGCUACCGUCCAUCUCGGGUGCGCGACAGUGGAGGACGAGGGUAUCUUUGAGCUCAUGGAUCGAGCCACUUCAGGCCUUCGUUCAUGUGUCGUCGACGACCUUCAUCUCAGUUCUAGAAUUGGCACUCUUCUUGAGAUUCACGUGAGAAAACUGCGCUUGAAGCGUUCCCGUAAGCUACGGACAGAUGCAGCCUCCGGGCAUGUCGACACACUGAAUAACUCUCAGGUGGACACAGCGUACGUUGCUGGUGAAGAGCCUCAUGCCAUGGAUGAUCAUCAACAGUCUCUCGACCCGGAUUUUGCACUGUCGGAUGUCAACUUUGACUUUCCCCAGGAGCUUUCAGACGACAUAUGGGGGUUUCAAAUGCCGACACCAUUCGCUCCACUUCAUCACAACACUGCCCGAGAGAGUGAAGGCCCCCAUUUCAAUCAGAGCUUGUGA